AUGGAGGAGUUGGGCCUGUACAUUGUUGAGUCUUCCACAAUGAACCAAACUGUUUCCAUUUCAUCAGUCAGUGGAAACCCUCCUGCAAUCCAAAAGAAGGACCCGUUCACCAUACUGGCCAGCCAAAUCCAGCCUAGCACAUAUAAUAGACCAUCGCCCACAGAGGAAAAGAGCGGUUCACCAUUGGAUGGGAAAACCUGUUCACCUCAGACAAGUCAGCCAAUCAACAUCCAGAUGGCACUUUUUGCCAAUCACUUGAGUUCUGACAAUAUGGGUUCAAAGACCUCAGAGACCUUUGGCAGGAAGCUCGAGUCACAACACUACAUGGGAGACGGACAACAUCAAAUUACUUCAGAAAGAAGCAAAGAUUACGAUGACUCCCUGAGAAACAGGAAGUACCCUUGCCCUUUAUGUGGGAAGCGCUUCCGGUUCAACAGUAUCCUGUCCUUACACAUGCGCACCCACACUGGAGAGAAGCCCUUCAAAUGCCCAUAUUGUGACCACCGGGCAGCACAAAAAGGAAACCUAAAGAUCCACCUGCGCACUCACAGGCUGGCCAUCCAGAGUAAGAGCUUAGGGCGCAGUGGGGAAGAGAGCCAUCUUCUCCAUGAGCUAGAGCAACUCGCUAUCAUCAGAGAGAAGCAAGCUAACAGUACAAGCCCACCCAGCACUGACUCAAACUACAUCUCCCAGAAUUCUCUGGGAGUGCCCUGCGAUGGCCUAUCACAGCCCAGUUCAGACUUAGCUAUGCCAGUCCAGGAACAGCCACACAACCUAAUCCAGCAGCAGAGCUUUCGCUGUGGGUUUUGCAAGGGCAAGUUCCGGAAGAAGGAGGAGCUGGACCGGCACAUCCGGAUCCUGCACAAGCCUUACAAGUGCACCCUCUGUGAGUUCGCCGCUGCCUUGGAGCAAGACCUGCUUCAGCACGUGGGGAAAGUCCACGUCGCCUCUGCAUCCCCCCAAGUGGUACAAAAGGAUCCUAGCAAGGACCAGAGGCCCAAUGAACCCUUCAAGUGCGAGGUGUGCGGACAGGUGUUCAAGCAGUCCUGGUUCCUCAAGGGUCACAUGAGGAAGCACAAGGACUCAUAUGAGCACGGCUGUGGCGUCUGUGGCCGCCGCUUCAAGGAGUCCUGGUUCCUGAAGAACCACAUGAAGGUGCACAUCAAUAAACUGGCUGUGAGAGGAACCCAGCUGGGCCAUGGUCGCAUGCAUGCCACACACAACAGCAACAGCCAAGAGAUCCCCAGCAAACUACAAUCCCAGUUCAUCUCUAGGCUGCACAACGAGGUUCUCCUAGCGGUUUUAUCUGAGAGGCAGAAGGUUCUUGCAGAGGCUGGGAUUGAACUUAACAGCAAAAAGGUGCUGGAGAAGCUGCUGUUGCCAGUGGCUGGACAGUACCACAGUGUAACGGCAGAGGAAAUGCAGCUAUUUGCCACUGACAAAGCAGCAGAGAAGUCGUCACACACACAACCUCCACACAACAUGGACAUUGGCAGUACACAGGGAGAGGAACAAGCACUAGGGUUAUAUUCAUAUGCAGAAAAGCUAAAUGUGUUGCACUGCCAAGCAAAAGACUCUGUAAACAAUCAGAUAGUGAAUGGAAGCUCCAGUCCCGACAAAAGCAGCCGUAACACGGGCUUCAGGGGAGUGCUGACUUAUCACAGCUCUGGCCUUGAAGUUAAUUAUGCCCGCUGGACGGGGAGACCCAGCGAGUGCCCAGACUGCGGCCGAGUCUUCAGGACAUACCACCAGCUGGUCCUUCAUUCACGGGUACACAGGAAGCAACGACAGCUCAGGGGACAAGAGACGCCCUCUGCCUGGAAACCGAAUGGAAGCGUUCAUCCCCAAGACUACCCACACCUCCUGUCUGCCUUCAGCAGGCCAAGUGAAUCCCAAGGGUGUAGCACAACAGAACCUAAUGCAGCUACAGGGGGCCUCCCUACAGCAGACAAAUCCAGCCAGGCUUCACCUCAGUCCUCCAUACUAUAUUCAGGUAAAUAUCGCCACGUCUGA